UUAAACUACUUCAAAAAUGGCCGACGAGUCGUCUUCAUGGUUGAUACAAAGAUCUAGGGAGUGUCUGAGUGUUGGAGACAAUGAUGGUGCUGACGCUUGGAUUUUCACGGCGACGAGCUUGUAUCCGCACAGUUUUCCAGUGCAGCAUGAAGUGCUGCAUACGCAAAUGAAAGCAGGGCAGAUCGCACAAGCCGCUCUUCAAUUGGCUAACAUGUUACAGCGCUUUAACAACAAGAAGGAGUUAUGGCAGGAUGUUCAUUCUAUGUUGACAGCAGUUAGCUCAGAAGCAAAUGAUGCAACAUCAGAAAGAUGGCGAUAUUUGUUUGGAGCUUUGGACAGUGAUGUGCAACAGGAAAUGCUGAGAUCAUGUGCAGAACAAUGUGAAGAUGAUGUACUGUCUCAAUGUCAGCUGUUUAUUCAACUUAUGAAGCUUUUUCCUGGCACAGUUUUGGAAUUUGGUCUGGAGACAGUGAAGUUACUGUCACGUUGCUCUUCUCACAGGUUAUUGUGCCAGAAGAUGUUAGUGAAUGAAGCAUUACCUCUACUUUUGUCAUCUUGUCAUUGUCAGGCUCUACUCUCAAGGGUUCCAGUUGAUGAAAUUGUGUUUUGGCUUUAUAAGGCAUUAUUUUACUGCAGUCAGAAUUGCAGUGAAUGUUUGAUCAGCACAGCAGCUUCGGACUUUAUGAAAACUGAUUUAAUGAGUCCCACAUUGACAUCACCAAGUACUCCUCGAAGGUCAUCUAUUGCAAAUCGAGUAAAACCGGAGAAUGUUUUACGAGAUAGCUGGUUGAUGUUGUUGAGACUGGUACAGUCAAUUGGCUUGUUCUUACGGUGGAAUAUUCCUUCUGAGUUGUGUAACUCAGCAUUGCUAUUAUCGGAAAGAGUGGCUGUAUUAAAGAGCUUACCCAAAUCACAUCCAGCCUAUUUUCAUGUGUCUUUUGUUCUUCUACUUGAGAGCUUAGCCAAGUAUCGAGCAGCUUUGCAUAUGAAUUCUGCUAAUGAGAGCCCUCUAGUCAUGGUAUCAUCAAUAGCAGAAUCAGAAUCUCAACAUGGAUCAGAAGUUCAGACACUAGCUGUGUUAGGAGGAACAGAAGGGGGAAAGAAAGUCAUAUCAGAUUUAUUUAGAUGUGCUGUACUUUGCUGGGAUGCUGUUCAUUCAGACAAGACAUUGAAAACAGAUUUUGUAAAUCUUCGCAAGAAAUGGAGUUCUGCUGAUUGGGAAAUGAUUGAUAGUUUUGAAGUAGACUGCUGGUUGUAUAAGAGAAAUUUUUCACAGGUUGUUGCUUAUCUUCAAUCUCUUGGUGAAGGUGAUUCUUUGGCAGCCACUAUGGCUCGACUCAAACAGGCAUCUUGUCUUGCAAAGAUGGGGAAUUUAGCUAAAUCAUGUGAAUUGGCAAUGUCUGUGCUGCUGUCAGUGCUGGAUGAGAUGCAUAUAUCUGUAGGAGAUGAAUUACCUGAUAGUGAGCUAGCUGACUUUACAAACAGUGCUGAUGUGUUACUGCUACCAUUUGAUGCAGUGUAUGUUGUCCCAUACUGUGUUGCAAUAGCUGCUGAGCACUACAAGAGUAUUGCUUUUGAGGUUGAGAGAAAUGACAUAGCUCUCAGUCAUUUGAUGGUCUUAUGUCAGUAUGAUUGGCCAAAUAUGCAUCAACUAUUUCUUCAAGUUAUGAAACGAGUCAAAGACAAUAGAGGUCUUAUAUUUGAAAGCUUUUUCAAGUAUAUAAGAGAUAUUGACAUGUUGGAGGAGAUGAUGUGGCUGUCAAAUACAGAUACUUGUCAGUUGUGUUUACUGCCCUCUUCAUCGCAAAGACAACGUACUGUGACAAGAGGAGUUGAUAAGGAGUCUAAAGAAGAGCUUCGAGAUGCGUUUGAGAAUCAAGCAAAGUAUGCAGAAGACAAGUUUAUUUCUACUCUUUACUUAUUUGUUCAGGACACAGUUAGGAAACCUUAAUUUAUAUUAGUAUAACAUCUUUGACAUACAUGAAAAGAUAAUGUGAUCUUUCAGCAAAUUUCA